UUAAGGUAAUUAGUGAUUGCAAGCCUUUUUGAUUUUGCUUUUUACGACGGACAUAAGAUUCCUCAUCAUUCAGUCUUAAACAACCUUUUUUUUCAAUUUUUUCUCGCAAUUUUAAAUAUAAAUCCAGGAAAUUUAUGAGGGCCAGUUAACAACUUUUGGGAUUAAUCGUUUUCUUUGGGCUAAUUGGCGAGGUGCAGAGCCUCGCGGGGCGGGAGCUGACUGACCACACAAAGUUUUAAUCUAAUUGUGGCUCAUUAACAAACAGUUGGCAUUAAUUACGUCGUUCCCGCGUGAGGUCCGAGCCGAGCCUUUCCCGAGGGUGGCAAAGGAGGAGGAGGAGGAGGAGGAGGAGGAAGACCUCGUCAACUCGGCCUGGCUGCGAGGCUCCCGCUGGCGAUUAGAGGGAUGAUGGGAAAUGCGUGUGAAUACUAAUAUAAACAUCCAGAAGGUGUACAGGUAGGACAAUAGUGUGUGUGUGUGUGUGUGUGUGAGUGUGAGUGUGUGCGUGUGCGUGCGUGUGUGUGCGUGCGGUGCGGCUAUCGUAAGCACCGCCGAGGCAGCAUGGGGAGGAGGGUAUUGUAUUGUUGACGUAAGAGAGUCCUCGUGGUGGCGGAGGUAUUGCAGUGUUGUGGUGGCGGCGGCGGUGGCGCGGGUGUCCGGGAGGAGGUGUGUGGCAAGGGUAGGCAGGAGCGCCGCCCCUCGGCAGGCAGGCUGGCUGGCUGGCUGGCUCGCCGGGAGGCUGGCCAAAGUGACGUCACGAUGCCCGCGCACCAUGAGGCAGCGUGCGCGUGCCGGACACUCUCCACCACCUCCACCACACCACCACCUCCACGGUCAGAGCUCCCAGCCUCUCAUUUUCAUAUUCGAUUUGUGCCGCGUGUGUUUAAACUGGUCCCGCGCCCCCAUCACUCAGACCGCGGCGGCCAGUCCUGAACGCAGCCUGCAGCCCGCUCCCCACGUGCUGCCCCGCCAACAACACUCCCUCCACAACACCUCCGGUAACGCGGCUCCGCUCCCUGCGACGACAAUCCUCCGUCAGGUCUCCAGCAGCAGCCCCGACGGUCCCCUCUCCGCGUCGCCGGACCUCGGGCCGAGCACCACCUUCGCUGUCCCGGCGGGUGUGACGAUGCUGUCGGCCAUGGAAACCGCAGUCAAGUGUGAGGUCGACUUGCCGCUCAACCUCAAGACGCACGUGAGUACCACAACCGCCCGCCCCUGCUGCAGGCGUCUCGCCAGGGCCACCGUGGCGCCUUACCCUACCCUAGCUCUGCAGGCGGCCCUCGCUGGCACGCCGGGGCGGCUACAGAAGGCCAAGGAGCCGUGGAAGCCUAAAGACACCGCGACGAAACGGAGCAAAGUUGUGUGA